AUCACGCAGUCGUCGCCCGCUUCGCUUCUCGCUCUAGACGCAUCUCCGAAGUUUCUAGAACACACGGACUUCGUCUGGGGCCCUCAAAUCUCUCGGAGGCAGCUCGGGAAAAACACACGUUCACAAUGUGCGAGAGAGGCGAUGCUUCGCCGGCCUUUGUCAAGCUGAUCGUCAUUACCGAAGGGAACCAGCAUUACUCGGAGCGCAAGUUCCCUGUCACAAACACAAUUCGGGAGAUCAAGCAGAAGCUAGAACUCAUCACAGGUGCCUCUGCAGACUCGAUGAGGCUGGAGCUGCGUGAUUCGGGCGACGCCAGAGUAAUCAAGAACCUCACAGACGACGACUGCGCAUGCCUCGACGCCUACCCUGUCUGCGACGGCCUCGUGCUGCACGUCUCUGACCCGCUGUUGAACACCGAUGAAUUUAAGGACCUCUCAAAAGUGCCGAAGGUGCAGCUGUCUGAGGAGGCCUACAACCGACGUAACGACUCAGCACGGGCGUUCAUGCAGAAGCACGGGCUCGGCCGUUUCAACGAGGAUGCGCAGGAGAUGGCGCGCAAGUUGGAGGAAGAGAAAGCGCGCAAGCAGAAGGAAAUAUUAAAGGUCAUUCACGUCGGGAACCGCUGUGAAGUGGUUGGCAUCCCCGGUCAGCCGAGGCGGCGUGGCACAGUUGCCUACGUCGGUGAGGUCGACUUCAAGCCUGGUGUCUGGGUCGGCGUACGGUACGACCUACCAUUGGGCAAGAACGACGGCAGCGUCGCGGGAAAGCGGUACUUUGAGUGCCCCCCGAAGUACGGCGGCUUCGUGCGCCCCGCCGAUCUUGUCAUCGGAAACUUCCUGCCCGAGGGCGACUGCACCGAUGGCGGUGAAAUAGACCUCGAUGAAGAACUGUAGUAAAGAACACGUAGAUUGUCGCACGCGUGAUGCUGUGCGCUUGUCCGUUUUACACUGUAAAUUUUUUGGCUCUUGUUCGAAAUGGGCUUUUUCCAUUUUUGCUCACUCUAUUGCACAUAGUGCGCUUUGUCAUGUUUCAAAGGGGGCAAGGAACUGGCAAGGAUGAAGUAACCAUCAGCGUCUACGAAGGCUCAUUUGGUUUUAAUGAGGUUAUGGCCAGUUUACUAAUAUAGAAUUGAUGGAAAAGCAUGACUUGUUUGUUUUAGACUAAGAGAAUCUUUGAUGAAAGGUCAUGCUUUCAAAAAGAUCGAAGUAUGCCACUUGCGAGCUUUGCAGAAGUUUGUUCUCCGAACCAAUGCCUGUUCACGAGACAAGGAAAGAAUGGAAACACAGGGAUGUUGGCAGACCUUUGAGCAGUGUGCUGUUGGAAUUAAGCUGUUCUUCGAAAAAAAUAGGUAACAUCGUUAAUGUUAUGCUAGUUGUCAGUAAAUGAGGAAAAAUUCACAUUUUAUAGGCAGAAUGCUCUUCCACAGCAAACCGUGGUUUCAAGAUAGCUUGAGACCACUCGAUUUACGGUACUCCGAAUAGCCCGUCCGAAUGGACUGACUUUUACAGCCUUGCAGCAAUUACCGGCAGCUGGAAUCAUUCGGCUGCCGCAAUCACCGUCGCACUUGUCAAGUUUUUAUUUUCAAGCACUUCUUGUUUGCUGCUACACCGUAAAUCUUGAUUAAGCUGUAGCAAUGAUUUGCUCAUUGUAGCACGCUGCACUUCAUGAGAAUAACUCGCGCUCACAAGCUUGUCGUCAUUGCUUGCGGAGGUUCGUGAAAUUUGAAGUGCGAGCAUACGUCGCAGAGUCUCAUAAAUAUGCUACUAGAAACGCAGCAGCCUGGUGCUGCAGUUAUUCGAUGAGCGUGUCCGGUAAUGAGAGUUGUGCCGACUGGAUCUGCCUGGCUGUGAAUUUGCCUGCGGCUUCUUCAUGUUUCAUGUAUGAUGGCUUACACAUUCAUUAUUAGAUGGCGAAUGAGUACUCGCUUUCUAGUUGGAAAACGUGAACUUUACCUGAAAGGACUAAGGAAGUGCGCAGCAAAGCCCAGCAAAUGUCAUCUUAUUGACACGGUGCCGUGCCGCAUUGCGAAUUGCAGAAGUCAGUGUCUCUUGUAACUGAAAUCACGCUAUGCUCAUUGCAUUAUUUUUCUUUGCCAAACAACAAGCUAGCAGAGGAGCAUACCUUAAGAACAACGAUGACUAUAAGACUUUCUUCUGGCAACAAAAGUACAAAAUUCUAUAUUGAUUAAAACUUUAAGGUACCUAAUGAACCAAUAAAACUAUAAUAGUAUCUGGUAAUAAAAUAUUUUUGAUGUUGUAACAAUAAAAAAAACACGUUAGUGACAAGUUCCUACACCUA